UAUUUCUUAAAAUUAUAACUUUAAACGUAUCACUAAACAGAAAGUAUAAAAUUUAAUUUUCAGUUACUUCCUCCACAAUUAAAUUUAAUGAGGUUAAGAUUUUGUUUUAAUUUUUUGCUAUAUCACACCUAAUUCUUCUAGCUAGUCUUUAUUUAAUAUAAUUAAUUUACUAAAAAACAAAAAACAAAAGCGCAGAUUAAAUUCAAACAAAAGUUAUCAAUUGAUUCAUAUAAAAUGUUAAAUGGUAAAUCAUUUGAUAAAAUAUCUUUCGUUAAAAAACUAUUUCUUAGUCCUCCUUAAGAAAGAUAGUUAGAUGAAAUUGGCUGGAUUUUAGAUACUUACAACUUUAAUUCGAUUCAUACUUAUAAUAUAGGACUGAAAAUAAAUAACGAGUUUUAUCAACAAGAUAUGAAAGAUCUACACUAACUAAUAGUCUAGCAUAUGCAAUACAACUACUAUGAAACCACCCAUAAGAUUAUAAAAUAAAAAGAUUCUUGCAAAUUUAAUUGCUUUCUAAUUGUAGAAGGAUAAGUUAAUAUCUAUGAAACAAGUGAAGAUGGAGAAUUACUUUAUACUUUUAAAUAUGGAGACGUUUUUACUGAUAAAGAAAUAAUUAAAAGUGUUAAAAAAACUCUGGUAUUUGUUUUUGCUGCUCACAGUCAUGUUGGUUAAACUAAAUAUGAAGAUAUACAAGACACUUUAGAAUCUUCUAACUAUAACUUGGAAGAAAAAAAUAAUAAAUUUUUACAGUAUACUUACUUGCUGUAAAAGCUUAAUAUCAAAUACUUCAAAGAGUUAAUUCAAAAUUUAUCAUAUUUAGAUUUUUUAAAUGGAGAAACAGUAUUCUAGCAAGCUGAUCCCAUAGAUUCUUUCUACAUUAUUAAGUCAGGCGAAUUCAGCAUUAAGAGAUCAUUUUCCAUUUAAGAGUUCCACAAGAAAGGAUCCAUGGAAGUAGAAAUAGGCUAAAGUGACAAAGAAUUUGAAGAGUUACUAUUAAAUAAGAAAAAUAAUAAAAAAUCACUUCAACUCAGAGUGAUGAUUUAAAAUGAAAUUUUUGGAGAAGAGGAAUUGAUUAAAUCAUAUUAUUAGGAACUUUAAUCUAAUCCAAAUUAAGUAGUCCCUAAAGAUUUUAAUGUAAAUCUUUAAAGAAGCUAUUAAGUUUAAUGCUGCUCUACGCAAGGAACUCUCAUUAAAAUAUCUAAAGAAGACUUAUUUAAAAAAAUCCUCAGUAAAAUGAAAUACUACUAAAUUUAAGAUCUUAUAACCAGAAUUGAUGCCAAGUUAAAAAAUAGUGAAAAUAAAGUUAGAAAAAUAAGAAGGAGUAUAAUACCAUUUAAACAAUAUUUAAUUUCUGACUCUCCUUCCUCUAAUGACUUGUCAAAUUAUACAAGAAGACACUCGCAAUUCAGUUAGUAAGCUUCUGCUUAACUUAGUCACUAAAACUCCACCAAUAAUAGCUUAGUAAGAACAUCAACUCCAAACACAUAGUCCCACAGAUAGACAAGACCAAGCUAGUCUACUUAAAGCUUAUCCCAAACUUCGAAAAUAAUUGCAUUUGAUAGCUUUUCAGAUUAGAUACUCAAAAUCUAAAAGGGAAAAAGUUAACCUGAAUUUUCGUAAUUAAGUCCAACUUGUAGUAUCAAUACACAAAGAGGUAGGCCUUAUUCAGCAAGAUGUUAAAACAAAGAAGGAUAGUCUAUUUAAGAAAGUAGAAUUUAAAUUUCAAAAAUAAGAAAUAACUCAGCCCGUCCAGUAUCAUCUUCUAUCUUUUGUUAACAAAGCAAGAAUGCUUCUAAAGGUGAAAGGAUUGAAUAAAAAUAAAUUUAGUCCUUCUUAAGUUUAGAAUAGUAAAGUUCAAGUAUUUUACAUCAUUUAGACUUCCAGUAAUCAGCUAGUAAAGAUCACUUUUGUGAUUAAAUCAAAGAAAGUUAGUCUAAAUUAUUCGCAGAAGACAAAACUUCGAUGAUGAUGAUAAAAAAGAGGUUUUCAGUAUUCGAAAAGAGUACCUUAGAAACUUCUUUUUAUCAAUAAGGUGGUGAAUCUUAAAUUAAAAGCCCGAGAAUGAAAAUUUAACUUGGAAUAAAUCAGUCUCAAGAUCUCACAAACUAAGAAAAAAGAUUUAUGAAAUUUUAAGAUUAAAUAUAAAAAAAAGUUGAGUAGAAUCAUGCAAGUCAAAAGCCAGUUUUCGUAGAAUUUGUACCUGUUCCUAAUCCUAAAAAUUAAGAAAAAACAUUAAAUUAAAAAGGAGCUGUUUCACCAACAUACUAGGGUUUAAAUUCGCAUGUAGUAGAAAAAGUGAAAGACAGAAAGAUGAAAAUUUAAUUAAUUUAGCCUAUCUUUGAUAGAGGAUAUGCAGAAAAUUUUAAUAAAGAGUUAAUAAAGAUAAAUAAAAAAAAUGCCAAGCAUAACUAUAUUGUAGAUGUAAAGGAAGAUAAUAUGAAUAAAGGUCUGAAUAAAUUUAAUAUCCUUUAAUAGAUUAUUGAAAAGCAAAACAAGUUGAAAUAAAUGUAAUCACUUCAUAAAGAAAAUUAAAGCAAUACAAAUAAUGCAUUUCAUAUGAGUAAUUUACUGUAAGCAAGCAAACUAGAUAUCACUCAAACUAAUUUACUCAAUAAAGAAAAUUUUUAAAGUUAUAAUAUUUAAGCUAGCGAAAGCAUAAUAAUACAAAGUUAUCCCAAAUAAACUGUUAAUAAAUUAUCAAUUAAUACUAAUAUCAAUAACUCUUAAAAUAUUUCUAGCCCAUUAAUAUCUCCAAAGCUAAAAUCAUACAGUGCAUAAGUAUCUCCAAAAACUAGUCCAUUAUAAAACAAAUAGAUAAAAAGUGCAGUUGAAAUGCUAUCUUAACUUGUUGAAAAAAAAUUUCAUCAUUAGAGCUCUACAUAAAGAUUUUAACAGCCCAUUAUAAGAGCAAAAUCUCAAUCAGUAAAGCAUUCAUAAAGCAAUUAAUUUACUUUCUAAUAAAAAAACACAAACAAAUAUGAUUAGUUAUUCAAAUAAACUUCUCAUUUAAAUGGUGAGAAUAGGAAAAAAACUGUUUCACAAUAUACUCAGUUAAACAGUCCAAAACUAAAUUAACUAAUAUGA